AUGAACGACUUGGAUUUCGACAUUUUCGAUUUCGAAUUAGAGUCUUCUGAAAUAAGGGAAGGUUUUGAAUUUAAUGACAAUUUCAACUUCUACUUCUAUGAGGAUGGCUCAGGAUCUGCUGAGAUCCCUUCAACUCUGUCGAUUUCCUCUGGAUAUUACAGCGUUUGCGACUCCGGUAUCGAUGUCGGAGAUCUCGAGGACAAUGACAUCCAACAAUCAAUGAAAAUAUUCCCCGUCGAUACGGAUGCAUCCAUUCCACAACCUACAAGUUCCAAGCCCAGGCAAGAGCCGGAUUGGAGCCUAUCACGCAAAGCAAUGUAUACCGCCGAAGAUCUCCUGCCAACGAUGCCAGUCGACCAGUGGCUUGUAAAGGUCGAGGACAAGGAUGAGAAUGCGGCCUCUGUGUACAAAGCAGAUGUGGCAGCCGCUAAUACGCAACAAUCCAUCACUGACACUGCAACUCCAUGGCCUUCGUCUUUCUCAACAUCCUAUUCGAACUCCUCGAAUUCGCUAUGGUUCGAAUCGGAUGGAGAAGCCUCAUUUGUAGCGGGAGAUGAUUCUUCUGUUUGGGCAACUUUCAGCGAUUCACCAACCACAGCGGUGUCUCUUGAUGCACUUGCGAAAAUGCUCGUUGAACUUUAUCUCGGCCAAACAGAUGCGCUCAUAGAUGGUGCCGAGAGCUCUUCGCAGACAAGUCCCACGUCGAGCAUAUCUAGCCAUACACACGGAACUGCAAAUUCGAGCUCUAUCACAACGCCUGGUUCAUCAGCUCACAAUCCUCCGCGGAAGAGGCCGCCCCCGGAUGACGAAGAAGGGUCGAGGCGCAGCAAAAUCCCAAGGACAUCUGACGGUUGGCCGACGUGUACUGCGUCGAGACUCCUGGCUUGCCCAUAUUCAAAAUUUGACCCUUGCCGGUAUUCUGAACGCAAUGAGCUUGAAAAGAAUUAUCGUGGAUGUUCGAGUUGCUUUCUCAAAGACAUUGCUCGCCUGAAACAGCAUUUAUAUCGCGUCCAUCGUCGGCCUGAGCAUCACUGCCCAAUCUGCUUCUCCUCGUUAGACUCAAAAGUGGUCUUAGAUGCCCAUAUUGUGGAGAGAUCUUGCCAACAACAGCUCUGCCCGUUCGAAGAGAAGAUGACUCAGGAUCAACUGAUGGCGAUCAAAAGGCGGGAAAUGGGUCGAAGUCGCUCAGACGCGUGGUUUGACAUCUAUAAGAUCCUGUUUCCGAACUCGACGUUGCCAUUGGAUCCGUACGUUGACAGUGUGCAUGCGGAUACAGUGCAAGACUUUAUUGCCUUUUUUGUGCGUGAAGGUCGAGAACUGCUAGCCUCGGAGAUCAACCAAAGAAUGUUCGGACCCGCGAGCACUACGUCUGGAGAGCAAGAGUUCGUGGACAGAGUCCUUGCGGAUUCGAUAAAUGUGCUGCUUCAGCGGCUUGACGCGCGAUUCAGACAACCCUCGUCAUCCGAUCCUUCAUAUCGGCUCAACUCGGACGGUGACUUCAAUUCCGAAAACCCUUUUGCUUGUUGA